GGAUCAAAAGGCUGGAAAGUGGCAUUGAAAACUUGGCAAGACAACUGAUGAUGCAACAACUCUUUGUUGAAGAGCGCAUUCGAAGCGAUGGUGACUCAGGCAUAAAACAACUUCGUUUAAACCAUAAAGGAACUAGGACCUUCUUCUCGGACACACAUAGUAUGGGGUCAAUCAACUCCAUCCAUGAUCAUUCAAAUUAUAUCACAACGGUUGGAAUGGGAGAGGUAAUUGCCGUUCUAAACGGCGUAGAAUUCCGAACCCGACACAACGACUACAAGCUUCGCAUGCCCCACCCGAAUUCAACUGCUUACCAUGCCACCGUUGAUAUUCCAUUUCCUGAAGUCCCUCCAUCAGUUAAAAGCCAACCAACGAUUGAAAAGCAGAUUGAAGAAAUGAGGAACUAUUUUAAGGCUUGGAAAUUCCAAAACCCGUCAUUCCGCGAUUAUCGUAAAUAUUUUAAGCCCGUUCUCUGUUACAUGGAAGGUGCCUGGACAACGAACACGAAAACCUUAGACGAGCCCUUCUCUAGCGAUCGCCACUUCAUCGAUGCUUCAAGUUGGUUUGAUUUACAAGAAAAAAUUAGAUUCACCUCUUACACUGGUGGCAAGCACAAUUUAGAAAACUUCUCAUUCCUACCAACGACAAUAAUAAAUAUGAGAAAUGGUACCCCAGAAUAUGCACAAUGGAACUACAGGAUUCUUUGUCAUCCUCUUAAAGACGAUCUUCCUCUGAAAGUUUUUGAACCUGUUGACGAUUUAGCCUCAAGACUUGCGCAUAAAUAUAACCUUACCAAAUUUGCACUAACAAGAUCUGCAAGAUUUCAUGUUGCAAGCAGCUAUAGGUUUGCUCAGUUCUUGCCAGAGAAGGGUUAUGGCGUUUUCAAAGACCGAACGUACUCCCAUAGCAUCAUGGAUACCAUUAUGAACCAGAUUCCAGGUAAAGAUAAUUAUAAAGCCAACAUAUUUGAUGAUACUUUCGGUCUACAAAUGCUUGACCCCUUCAUUGCAACAUCAAAACCAUUAAACACCGGGUUCUACCACAGACGUUACAAAUUUGACGAUAAAGGUGCCAUGGGAAUAAAAUCAAACAACAGAGGGUUCGCAGAUAAGAACUUGUGGGUGGCAAAGACAACUAACAGCCGUGUUGCAGCAAUACACAUGUCAGACUGCCAUAAAGUCAAUAGAACCUACAGAGCGUGUAAAGAAGUUGAGGCUAGAUACACGUAUGCUAUCCCCUUAGAGAUAAUAUAUCUGACUCCGUUGAGUUCAUGGAAUCCUUACGACAUACCGUAUUGGACAGGCAAGAAUUCGAGAUAUAUACCAAUGAAAGAUCAUAGAAAUGGAGCAUUCAAUGUAACAAACGCGUACAACGGAUCAAACUUUGCUAAUUACUACUGGACACCAACAGCGUUCUUUAGUGGAAGCGAACUAAAUCACGAUGCCGCUGACACUGUCAAAAACUCAGUGGGUGUCCUUGACCACCACAAAAACGUUAAAAAACUCAGUGCAUCUGGUGUACGCGUUUUCCUCCCAAAUAUUCCUGGAGUCGGCGUACUUCGUCAAAGGUGGCCAAUUACACCCAUUCACCGGGAGGGUUCAAGCAUACAGAAAGAGGUCGAUGCAAUGAAGGAAAUGGUAAACCAUAUCGGCGCAUACUCGAACCUUUUCCAGGAACCCCCAACAGUUACCGGAUCGGCAUUCCAGCAAGCACCCGAUGCACAUUUCAGAACAAGCUUGGCUACCAAAGAUCCUCCUGGUAGGCAUUAUCACGAACUUUUUAUUGAAGAUUCCGAUUAUAAAAUGGCACUUAAAGGACAAACAGUCAGGGCAGAAACCACACUGGAGAGUUCACAUACUCACAUGGUUGAAUUGACGUACAACACACACACGCAUCAAUGGAUCAUCAAGAAAUGUGAUGACAUGCCUCAUUGCUGGGAUGGACACUCGGAUGUCCUUACAAAAAUCCAGUGAUGAACGCAUGAGGCCACACUCCAGUUACAAACUUUUUGUUGUGAAAUAUGUCUUUGAAUUAUUU